AAUUUGUUGCCCAGGAAACUAGAUAUCAAUGGCCAUGUGUUUUAAGCAACAGGGUCAUUCAACGGCCCUGAGAUUCUCAUGUCAGAUCUGUUGAUGUUCUUCAAGGAUAUUUUUUUUGCCCUGAAACGUGCUGGAAGGGGAGGUGGUGGGUUAGUAAAGCCUAUCUCAGCUUAACUGCAGAGUAACCAAGUGUCCAGAGAAAUGGCACCAUUUCUUGGUGGAUUUUGUACACGAUGCACAAUCAUUUCCAACUGAAGCAUGAGGCGCUUUACUCACACCACCCUAACCUGGCCCAGUACUUUGUCCCCGUCACCGAUGUUGAAUUUCGACAACGGCUGGAGCGCCAUCGGGGGGAAAUCGCCAUCAUGUUGAGAUCUGUGGAGUUCAAUCAAGACAAAACGACCUUGAUUGUGACUAACAACCCACUGCCGCUGCUAAUUACCGGUCAACAUCUUUCGUCCCCUUUCCAGUAUUUCCCAAAGGACUUGUUUGGAAGGAGUGCAAUCCGUCAUGAACCAUCUGGCCUGCCCCCACUAAAAACACCACAAAAGCAGCUAACAGCCGCACCCACAAGGAAAUGGAAGAAACCGGUACAAUUCAGUUCAAGCUUCAGCAUCUCCAAAAAUAGUGCAAUCCGUCAUGAACCAUCUGGCCUGCCCCCACUAAAAACACCACAAAAGCAGCUAACAGCCGCACCCACAAGGAAAUGGAAGAAACCGGUACAAUUCAGGUAUGCGGCGGACAAAGAUUUCAAGAGUGAAGCUCAGUUUUCAAGAGCUUAUGCCGAGAGACGCCUACAGAGACUGUAUCCAAGCUUGCGAGCGCAUUCGAGGCCGGACCAACAGAAAACAGAAGCCCUCCCCAGCAUUCAAGGCUUUGCAGCCCGAACACCCCAGUGGGAGCCGCUGACCAUUUCCUGUCUGACCGAAACCAAGCCCACCAUCGCUGUGCCCGGAGAAGAUGGGUUUCGGUACGGAAAAGCCCCUCUCUGGAUCGUGAACAGUUCUGUUGUACCCAAAAAUGGCAAAUAAAGGGCCUUGUGAA